GAAGCAAAAAAUUAUUUCAAAAUAAAAACUUGUUCUCAACAUUUUCAAUAAAUUAAACUAUAAUUAAAUAAUGUUAGCUCCUUUGAGAAGUCAGCUCAAUUCAAUGAGAAUAGUUCUUGCAAGUGGAAGUCCUCGCCGACAAGAAUACAUUCAUAAUUUAGGACUUAAAAACGUAGAAUUAUGUCCAUCAUUAUUUGAUGAGAGCACAGUCGAUCCAAAAAAUCAUCCAAAUUAUGAGGAGUUUGUAGAAGCUGUAGCUUUUGGAAAGGCAGAUGAAGUUUAUGAGCGGCUUAAAAAUGACGAAAAGAAGCCAGACUUGAUAAUAUCUGCUGACACGAUAGUCACACUUGAUGGAAAGAUAUUCGGUAAACCAAAGACACAUGAUGUUGCAUUUCAAAUGUUGAAUGAACUUAAAUCCAGAGGACAUGUCGUGUACACCGGAUGUGUAUUAAAAUUCCAAGAUAAAACCGUUAAAUUCACUGAGCAUACCAAAGUUUAUUUCGGCAAGCUUACUGAGGCACAAAUUCAAGCAUAUGUGGAUACCAAUGAGCCACUAGAUAAGGCUGGUGGAUAUGGCAUUCAAGGCAUUGGUGGAUGCUUAAUAGAGAAGAUAGAGGGCGAUUACUUUACUGUUGUUGGCUUGCCAUUAUAUCGAUUAAGUGCUGAAAUAUGUAAACUACUUAAUUAUGACAUUAAAUAA